UCCACCUGAGCUCCCCUCACCUGAAUAGAAGCCUUGAAUCAGUUCAUGUUUUCCACCAGCUCUAUUCAUGAGCAGAUUGGAGUCCAAUCAUUUUUUUGCAAUGGACUAUAAUGUGUUGUUACUGGUGUGUAUUGCUCCGGUUGUUUGUUGCUACAGUUCAGGUCAAAUUAUGGACAGCUGUAAAGACAUGCAACCCCACCACUCUGGGUUGAGACCACAGACAGAACCAGCGCCCUACACCAUCACUACAGACCACAGCAGUUACAAACUGGGAGAGGAGGUCAAAGUUCAGCUCCUGGCUCUGGGCUCAGCACCAUUCAUUGGUUUCCUGUUACAAGCAAGAGAAGUGGGGGGGCAGUCUCCAGUGGGCUCCUUUGAGCUGACGCCAGGGGCUGCUCAGCUGCUCAUCUGCAGCCAGAGACCUAACUCUGCAGUAUCUCACCGAUCAGAGUCUGUUAAGACUUCUAUUUGGGUGACGUGGAGAUCAGAAGCAUCAAGAGACGGGAAACCCAUUCAGUUCCAUGCCUCCUUUGUGCAGAAUUAUAGGACAUUCUGGGUUGAUGUUACAAGUCUUGUCCUGACCUUCAGUGGAGGAUCCACCAGUCUGCCUAGACCAACGCUAACCAGUUCCACCACCACAUCAACAAUAGAAAGUCAACAUGCAUCACCGGGUAAGAGUAUCUCCAGUGCAGACUGUGGUAUCACCAAGAUGUGUUUCAGUCGGCCUUCAGACUGUGACCCUGCAGUCAGUGUCGACUGUUAUUUCAUGUCAGCCAUGAUGUCGUCUCCCACUGACAAAACCAUCCGAUAUGAGAUGACAGGUCCUUCAAAUGGAUACAUCUCUUUUGGAUUCUCAGAUGAUCAGAUGAUGGGAAAUGAUGACAUCUAUAUUUGUGGCAAAGGCAGUGACGGCCAAGUGGGGUUGCACCAUGCCUUCUCAACAGGUCGGACAGCUCCACAGGCUGUUCCUCUGGGGAAUGUGUCUGAUGUAAGAGCAUCAGCGCAGGACAGAGUAAUCAGCUGUUCCUUCACAUCCAUGAACACAAUUUCUACUCAGAGGACCAAGGGCUUCAACAAAACCUACCAUCUCAUGUUUGCUCAUGGACCCAGCAGCUCUGGACAAAUCCAGUUCCAUGCAGCUACCUUUAUCAGCACUGACAAGAUAGACAUCUCCAGACCGCAGAUUGUUGGAAAAGCUGGAUGGUCUCAUGUCAUCAAAGCACAUGGAGCACUAAUGCUGAUAGCCUGGAUGACCACAGGAUCACUAGGAAUGAUGGUAGCCCGAUAUCUGAAAGGAGUGACCAAAGGACACAACCUGUGGGGCAAAGAUGUCUGGUUUCUGGUCCAUGUAGCAGUGAUGUGUGUUACGGUAGCAGCCACAAUCAUUGCCUUCAUCCUCUCAUUUUCACAUGUCAAGGCCUGGUCUAAAGGAGCCCAUCCAGUGUUGGGCUGCCUGGUUAUGAUCCUCUCAUUCCUCCAGCCCGUAGUGGCACUGAUGCGUUGCGGACAGCAACAUCCACUGAGAUUUCUGUUCAACUGGUCCCAUUCUUUAAAUGCUGUGGUUAUAAAAACUUUGGCUGUGGCAGCCAUAUUUACCGGUCUGAAGUUGAUUGAUAGCACACUGGACCGUUGGCUGAUGAAAGUGAUGGGUGGUUUUGUUGGAUGGGAAGCUUUGUGCUACAUCCUCCUGGAGGUGCAUUUAAAUUGCACGGUCAGCAAUACAGAUACUUUGAAAUCGAAAAAGAUAACAGUCAUCCUGCUGAUGGUCCUAUUCUGUCUGGGAAACUGUGCCUUUCUUGUGGCACUGUUGGUGGGAAUUGGGACGUCAUAGGAAGAACCAUGAUACAUCAAAAACAUAGUACUACAGCAUUUCUAUUGUUUUUGCACUGGGGCCCAAAGGGUGUUGGGUGUCAUCCAUACUGAAUGGAUCAGAGGUUAUAAGGAACCUUUGGCCUCUUUAAAGUGACUGUCAUGAUCAUUAUGUGGUUCAUUAUUAAAUAAUGCUGUAUUUCAAAUUA